ACACUCAUGUUCUCUCCCUUUGAUCUCCCUGAUGGAAUUUUCCUCCUUAUAACCGAUGAACUUGCUGCGCCUGCCGAUUUUGCCCUAAUUUCAAGCCUGAUUUCUCAUUUAAAGUGUUUCAACAAGACAAAAAUAAUAUACCUCUCUAUUUUAGAGAGUUGGAAUCGAUUACAAUCUCUUUGUACAAAGUCGGGCAUCAACCUAUCGCCGAGAUCCGUCUCGGAAACGUUGCAUUUCAUCGACGUUUUAUCCCAUCUGCCUCGGCUGAACACGAAUGAAGCACCAUCCUUACGCAUUAUCUAUGAUCUGGUGGCGGGGAUACUCGAAGGAAGACAGGGAGGGAUGAUCAUCCUGGAUGAUAUUUCUAGCCUCGAGUGGACUGGUCACUCUUUAGAAGAUCUGAGCAGGUUCUGUCGUGCCCUUCGUGUGUUAUGUCUAAAGACUAAGACCACGCUCAUUGUUCGCCAUCACAUACUUGCUCCUAACGAGCCCGAUGAGCUCCUUCGCCGUCUACAACAGAUAUGUUCGUACCAUAUGGAUGUCAGGCCCUUAUCGAGUGGUAGGAGCGGGGCUGUGAGCGGGGAGAUUGCACUUCAUGCAGGUCCUUCGCUAUUAGGGUCAGACUCGCGGCCUGAGUCUGUACAGGUCAAACUUCUCUCAAGGCAAAGGGCGCUUCAGUAUCGGUUAACGGAUAGCGAUGUUGUCUUUUUCGAGAGGGGUAGUAGUAGAGGUGUUUUGUGAGCGAGGUCAAUACGAGACGGACGUUGAACGACGUGAUGGCGCGUGUACUUAUUCUAGUCGACCACUUUAUGUUUUGGCCGUGACGAUGUCCAUCGUUUGGAAGGCUUAUGUUUCUGAUAUCGCAGACACGCUCAAUAGCCUACUCUCAGGACAAUAAUAAACAUCGUCACUGGGGGCCGAACUGCCUUUAUUUCUGGAAUACUUUGAAUCCUUUGGUACGUGUCUUUUCUUUGUAGUGUCUUCCCGCGACUGUUUGCCAGCAAGUUUUUUUCUUCUGCCAGUGUGAUUUGUACGCCAACCGGGCGCAUUCUUUGAUGGUACCAACCAGGAUGUUCGUCAAAACCUCCCGCGAGAUCUGCCAAAAAUUCGUACUGAUGACCAUGCUUCCCCUCAAAAGGCGGUACAAACGGAUUCCUGGCAUCCCGCUAAGUCUGGGGAAGUUGGCCCCAGUCGCCACUUUGGGUUAGGCCUGUAACUGACCUUUCUGAGACGAUGGCGCAUGUACAGAUACAUCCUUGUCAUCGUCGCAGCGAGAACGGUUACAGGUCUAACCUUGGGGUGCAUGUACACCCAACUUUGGUUGCUGAUGAUUCAUGGACAACAGAUCACCAGGAUUUGACUAGGAGAACCCUUCCAAACUCAACUGAAACGUCGAAAGAAAACCAUGGCUCUUUGGGAUUCCUUUUGUUCUGCUCAUGGUCGCCGGGUCUUAUGGGUCAAACGAGAUAUGACUUUCAUGAUCAAAAAGUCAAACAGAACAAGAGCUAAGGUUGGAUAGUGUGACUAUGUCGG